UUUUCCUGGCUGCACCCGCCCCUCCUCGCUCUCGCCUAGUCAUUCCACAAGCCUCCACUUUCACGUUUCCUCCUGGAACCAGGGCUCAGUGUGGCCUUCAGCUCAGAUUAGACCCCCAUGGAUCCACUGCAGAAAUGGGAUCCCAUGUCAAUUUCUGCGCCCUCCCGCAUAGCCACUGUGAUGAACUCCCAAGAGGCCUCAGCAGCCCCUCAGCCUUCCUCUUCUGAAAAGCUAAACAUGGGCCUCAGCAUCCUGAGCUCCAGCCCCAGUCCGAGUUCAGGUGCCCCAGCUCCUCUGUCAGAGGGGCUGUUCCAUCAGCAGACCCGGGAGAAGAAGGCCCUGUGGCAGCAGUACUGGGAGAAGCAGGGCAUUCCUCAGAGGAAGAAAGUCUUCCUGAGGCACUCGAGACGCUGGCACCGGGAUCACAUGGCACCUUACCUGCUUGAAAGGGAUGUCAGAGGCUUUCCCUCAGGCGACAAAGCUCAGAAUCAGCUUUUAUGCCAGGGCUACGUGCAGAAUAUUUCUGGGAUGAGUGGGCAGAAGAACGCAGCCCCGAACCCUCCCUCCUGGGAAACGCUAGUACAGGGCCUCAAUGGCCUCACCCUCAGCCUGGGAGCCAUCAGACCCAGCUCUUUGCCAGAGGGGCCUCGGCAGCAGCAGGAGCCAGAGGACAUGUGCCAGCUGGAGAGACAGCAGGAAAGCCUGAAGAUGUUCCAGAGGAUGCUCAAGUAGAGGAUGUAAGAAGGCUGAGGUGCUGCCCCCCCCCCCCAGAUGAUAGAUGUGAAAACACAUUUAGAAGGUGCUGCAUUACCAUCUUGGUGGCUUGGUCUCCUCUGAGGUCAAGGCAGUCCACUGCCACUGGAUGAGUCCCAACACUUGUCCUAUGAUGGGAAUUGUCCUUGGGCAGGUCUCAACUAUCCUGCCUGUCUUUAAAUACGCCUUUUUGGUUGUGGUGCUGUGUUUUAGCCUAUACAGAAGAAAACUGGGUAUUAGUGAUCCCCAAAUGUGUGUGAUGUGAUUCAUACACUGAGAGUUUUCACUGAUUUUUCUUACAGCUCAUCAACCCCUCCAGCUUCUUGUUAUAAAGAAUCAACACCAUAUGUAUAUAUAUGCAUAUAUAUGUGUAUAUAUAGAAGGCAUACAUC